ACACUCGUCAGCGUACUCAUCGGCGACAACUGCCCAACCAACAAAGCCACCGCCGACAUGCUGGGGGUACGCCUGAUCGGCUGCGCGUGCCACAAACUGAAUCUCGCAAUCCAGAAGCUUAUUGCUAAAACACCAGGGACUUCCGAUGCUAUUGCUCGUGUUCGCUCGAUGGUGAUUAAAGCCACCAAUUUGAAAGCUGCUGCUGCGCUGCGAGACCUCACGGAGCUGGUACCGCUACUGAACAACGACACGCGUUGGUCGUCCACGUAUCGGAUGAUCGAGCGGUUCUUCAAGAUCGAGAAGGAGCUGCGUCUUGUAGAUGAGGUAGAAGUGCCUCGAAACGCGGAGGUCCAGGUGCUGCGAGACUUGAUGCCUAAGCUAGAGAAGCUGGACUCCAUCACGGUCGACCUUCAUACACAGGGAACAACGGUGGCGGACGCUAGAGGAACCCUAGAUAUUGUUCUCGACGAUUUUCCUGAGCUUUCGCAUUAUCUCGCGCAAGAUGCAGCCAUCGUUCACGACCCAAGCUUUGAAUCAGGAUAUCAAGACCUCAGCUACAUGCUCGGCACGUCGACGUCGGUCGAGAGAUUGUUCAGCAUCGCGAAGUACGUCAUGCCCGCUCAUCGUGAGCGAAUGAGCACGUGGAUGUUUGAGAACAUCAUGUUCUUGAAGACGAACCGCGAUCUUUGGACGAGCAAAACUGUUGCCAUUGCGAUACGUGAUGCCAGGGCC